GCCGCUCCUUUUCCUCGUCGCGUCUCGCUGGACGGCGAUGGCGGGCGCCGGGCUGACGCUGCUUCGUCUGGCUGCGGCGGCGCUGCUGGUGCUGAGCGGGGCUCGAGCUGAAACCUGUACAGACCCAGUCAUCUCUCCAUCCUACUACACUACCUCAGAUGCUGUAAUCUCUUCAGAGACUGUCUUUGUUGUUGAGAUCUCCCUCACCUGUAAGAACGGAGCACAAAAUGUUGCUCUCUAUGCAGAUGUCAAUGGCAAGCAGUUUCCUGUUACUCGGGGUCAGGAUGUUGGCCGCUAUCAGGUCUCUUGGAGCAUGGAGCAUAAGCUGGCUCGCUCUGGCACCUACGAGGUGAAGUUCUUUGAUGAGGAGUCCUAUAGCGUCUUGCGCAAGGCUCAGCGCAACAACGAGGAUGUAUCCGAGAUCAAACCCCUCUUUUCGGUCAAUGUGGAUCAUCGAGGUGCCUGGAGCGGACCGUGGGUCUCCACUGAGGUGCUGGCAGCAUUCAUUGGUCUCCUUGUGUAUUACAUGGCUUUCAGUGCCAAGAGCAACAUCCAAGCGUAAUCUGUUUCAAUAAACCUUUCAUGCCAAA